CUCUUUGUUUAUAUAUACAUGAUAGAAAUUGAAAGCCUCUAUCCUUCAGUUUACAGAAACAAAAAUAGAAUUUGUCACUAAACUUUGAAAAUGAAUACCGCCUACUUAGAAUUUCUGGUCGACAAGUUUGUUAGGGAUGUUCAAGCAGCGGAGCAGAUAUCUUCUGAGUUACCAUUGUUUUCUAAAUUUAAAGAAAUUAUGUCCAUUUUGCAGGAGAAAAAAAUCGUCCCCGAAAAGCUAAUUGAAAUAAAAGGCGAAUUACAAAAAAUCAACGAUCUUUUGGUUGAGGUCGAAGACAGACGGGGAAAACAAAAAUUUCAUCCCACUCGGACUGGUAAGGAUCUAUGGAAUUUAUAUAAAACAGGGCGGAGGCUUUCAACAAUCAGAGACAAAUUGAAGCGAGUGUAUGGAAAACCAGUGAAUGAAGAAGAACGUCAACCCAAAAAGGCAGAAGUUUUGGUGAUCGAGAAAAAAGAUCUGCCUGGAAUUUAUUUGCCCAAGUAUCGUGGAUUUGAUGAUCAAAUGGUGGAAAUUGAGAAUCUGCUGAGUAAAAACAAAGGCAACGUGGCAAUAGGAAGAGUGGGAAUUUACGGUUCGGGUAAAAGUGCGCUAGCCCGGAAGGUUAUUUUCAGCUCUAAUGUGGAGAAACUCUUUGAAUUGGUAUUGUGGAUAGAUUUAUCAGAGGUGAUAGGUUCAGAGGAGACAUACGAAUGCAUAAAAAUGGGAAAGACCUCUUAUGGUAAUGAGAGCUCUUCUGGUAAUGAUCUUCAUGCAUUGUUGUCCUCUCAUCUCUCUCCUGCAAAGAAGUGUUUGGUUGUUUUGGAUGGUGUUAGUGUUGCAUUGGAUGGAUUAAAGAGAGUGAUCGGAGAGAUUUUGGAUAAUGGUUCAGUAAUCGUUACAAGUACUCUACCAGAAGUGCACAAAACUCUUGUACCUGCAAAACAAAAGUUUCAUCUCCAUAGAUUAAGGGCCUACAAAGAGAGGAUUGUUGGCUUAUUUUCCAGGACAUAAUGAAAAGGAAAAGAUUGCACAAUCGGGAGGGAGGUCUGACUAUCGAAAUGGAAGAAAUGAAAGAAGAAAUUCUGGACUUUUGUGACGGACUCCCGUUGGGUGUGAAAAUUCUAGCAGAAACUAUUUCAAUUCGAAUUGCAAGGAAUUAGUAACUUUCUAAUCCAAUAUUAUGUUAUGUUCUCUCUUUAUUUGUUUAAUUACAUAAUCCUUUUAACAACGUUUUGUUGCAUUGUAGUGACUGGGGAAUCCCGGAGAAGGUGGAAAUCAUCCUUGGACUCGAUGGAGAUGACCUUCGCAGCAGGAAAAUAACUCAUGACCAAGUUGCCCAAACUGACGGUCUCUCUCUCUCUCUCACACACCCACCCACACAUUUGCAACACCUUUCUUGAGGUGCAAUGCAAAUAAAUUGAAGUAUUCUAUAUUCCUUGUUACUUGCAGAAGAUGGUUUUAUUUAUAUAAGGAUUUAUCUAAGGGGAACAGAUUCUGUUGGUCAAUCGAUGGAGGAAGUAGGACAGAUUUGUUUCCCAGAGUUGAUCAGCGUAACCCCCCACCUCUUAACAAGAGGAGAAAUGCGGGACAAACUGCAUUUGUACCGUGGAUAAUUUUACAAAGCUGAUUUACUUCUUUUUUAUUUUUUUGGUCAAAGAAACAUGCAAGUGUAGUAUUUAUUUAUACUGAAAAUUAAAAAGAAAAAGAAAAAGAAAAUAAAAGCUUAUGAGGGGGCAUAUCAUGACCUAACUUCAAAUAAAUGAAAAUACACCAUCGAAAAAUUUAAUGAGUCUCUAGAAAUAGAAUUUAAAUAGCAAAAGAAGCAACUUGUAUACUUCUUCCGUCCUCAUCAUAAUUCACUAUUGGGUUGUGUCUUCUUCAAUAGUAUAAUUUGUUGUAAUAAAG